UCCUGCAAUGUAUGUGGGUUAAGGCAAGAAGAGAUGUGUUUAUUUAACAAAUGGCUUAAGGUUCACAAACGCGUCCAUAAAAUGUACAUUCAAACAGCUCUAUGCUGUCUGUUUCACAUGCGAGAAACGAGGGCUGAUAAGCGUUAACUCUUUUGCUAUUGACAGGGUGUACAAUUCCAGCUUUUAUCACUAUUAUCAGUAUGCUAUUCCAAAGCUUAUUGGGUGUCUAUGUGCGUUCGAAUCAUGGUACGUGCAGUGUAAGAGUACUGGCCCUCCCGUCCCGUAAGAAAAUGGUCGGAAUUUAAUCAGAGGCAAACCUCAAUACACUGAGAUUUAUCUACAAGAGACUCAAACUGCGAUAACCGCCAACAAGACGGCAAUCGCUGCUACACAUCGAUGAUAUCAACCAGAGUAGAAAUCGAAUUUACCGUGCAUCUUACUUUGCCUAAAACGCUAGCAAAUAAUGUUAAUACCCCGAUGCAGAAAAUGAAGCAAAAGCAAAAGGAGAAAAGAAAGUUGCCGUAACGGGUGUUGCAAUUGAGUAAGCAUCCGUAGUUUUACCGCACGAAGUGUGGCAGCACACUACUCGAAAACGGAGCUUCGUUACCAUGAACGCUAUGAAACAUAGAUCACGUUUAUUUCCUCCGCCUGCCAGCAGUAUGCGAUUAGAGAUAAAAUGGGAGAUAAACUGAUUAACUAAUGGGAGUCAUGAUGGGUUGUACUCAUCCAUACGCCAGCUACAGAGAUCCAGCUGCUCCUAGAUGCUCCUAGAGACUAGAGAGGGCGCGUUUUAACCGUCAUCGUCAUUUUGAUACACGCUAUUCUGCCUACCGUUUUGAAAUAAUAAUAAUAAUAUUCUUGCAAACACGCUAGCAAAACGCAGAAUCAUAGGUUGGCUAUAAAUAAACUAUAUCGGGUGGUAAAGAAAGUAGAGAUUCUAUAUCAAACCGUUAACAAUGACACAGCACGAUUGCAUUGUGUUGAUUUGAAUAAUAGUCAAUUAUGUAUGAAACAAAACUAGCAAAAUUAACGUCCCCUAUACACGACACAUGAACCAAGCCAUUGUUUCGGAAGUUUUGCUGGCAAUAGACGUAGGUAAAAGUAAUCUACAAUUAGGAUGCAUCUGAUAAACUUGUUUUUCAAGAUCAUGUGAAAUGUGUUAAUAGGGAAUCCACUUUGGCCGAGCCGCGUAGCGCUCGUUGCUGUCCCCAUUUUCAUCGCAUUACACACACCUAUCUACGCACGAUUUCACCUGUGUGAGCGAACACCCUGGUCACUCAAUCGAUCCGAGACAGGAUGCGAGCCUGUUCAUAAUUAUUUAUGUUUACAAUCGAUCCUCACAUGGCUCUGCCUGAAUCGAAAAUAUCUGCUCCUGCGGAAGAUACCAGUGAUGAUGAGGCAUGCGUUUUACCAGCAGACACGAUGCUCAUCUUGCAACAGUUCCUACAAGAGAAGGCUUUAAAAGAGCGCUCUGAAGAAGCCGGACCUGAGUCGGCAGGAUGCUUUGAAGAAAAUUGGCAACUAAGCCAAUUUUGGUACAACGAAGAAACGAAACAGAAACUUGCACUAAUCGUGAAACAUCUGCAAGAAAAUAAUCCUUCCGAUUCGUUUCAAGUAGCGCUUCUAUCUGCACCGUCUGCGUUUAAGCACGUGGUGAAGGAAAAUAAGAAAGCUAUGCUAUUUGAAUUUGACGAACGAUUUGCUUCCUAUGGAGAGAACUUUCAGCAAUAUGACUACAAUAGAGCAUUUGAUGCGGGCUACAUGGACGCGUAUGCCCAACAAUUCAACCUGGUAAUCGCCGACCCACCGUUCCUGUCUGAAGAGUGUAUUGAAAAGAUGGGGGUGAUAGUGAAAAAGAUUAUCAAGCAGGAGGGCAAAAUUGUUCUUUGCUCUGGGGCCGUAGUGCACGAUUGGGCAAAGAAGCAUUUCGGUGUUAGCAUGUGCGAAUUUCGGCCAGAGCAUGAACGUAACUUAGGCAAUGAGUUUCGAUCGUACGCUAAUUUCGAUUUGGACAGCAUCUUAAAUAAAGAACAGUGAUUUUGCAAGCAG